CAAGUAGCAAUUGGAAGAAUAUGAAAGCUGAGGAAGGAACCCAUCACCCCCAGGCCUGCUGUUGCAGUCCACUGCGCUCCCGGGCCCAGGACGGCAUGGUGAGGCCUCAGCAGCUCAGAGGUCUGGGGAUUUGCAUUGCUGUAGCGCUGGCGUCCUUUCUCGCCGGCUUUACUGUGGGCUGGCUUAUUAAACCUCUGAAAGAAACAUCUACUUCAGCUGGUUCUCAUCAGAGGAUGCAGUGGACACUGUUAUCUGAAAUGAAGGCUGAAAACAUUAGAUCUUUUCUCCGGUCCUUUACAAUAGCUCCUCAUCUGGCAGGAACAGAACAAAAUUUACUACUUGCCAAAAAAAUCCAAACACAGUGGAAGAAAUUUGGAUUAGAUUCAGCCAAUUUGGUUCAUUAUGAUGUUCUCUUAUCUUACCCAAAUGAGACAAAUGCAAACUAUGUAUCGAUUGUGGAUGGCCAUGGAACUGAGAUUUUUAAAACUUCAUACCUUGAACCACCACCAGAUGGAUAUGAGAAUGUUACAAACAUCGUACCGCCCUAUAAUGCCUUUUCAGCCCAGGGCAUGCCAGAGGGAGAGCUUGUCUAUGUCAACUAUGCUCGCACUGAAGACUUCUUCAAGCUAGAAAGAGAGAUGAACAUCACCUGUACUGGGAAGAUUGUUAUUGCAAGAUAUGGGAAGAUCUUUCGAGGAAAUAAAGUGAAAAAUGCCAUGCUAGCCGGAGCCUUGGGAAUCGUCCUGUACUCUGAUCCAGCUGACUACUGUGCCCCCGAGGUACAGCCAUAUCCCAAAGGAUGGAACCUUCCCGGAACUGCAGCACAGAGAGGAAAUGUCUUAAACCUGAAUGGGGCAGGUGACCCGCUUACGCCAGGCUAUCCAGCUAAAGAGUAUACCUUCAGACUUCAAGUUGAAGAAGGAGUAGGAAUUCCGAGUAUACCCGUACAUCCAAUAGGAUAUAAUGAUGCCGAGAUACUAUUACGAAACUUGGGAGGAACUGCUGCCCCAGACAACAGCUGGAAGGGAACUCUAAAUGUCAGUUACAAUAUCGGGCCUGGCUUUACAGGAAGCAAAUAUUCCAGGAAAGUUAGAAUGCAUGUCAGUAACAUUAACAGAAUCACAAGGAUUUACAAUGUGAUUGGAACUAUCAGAGGGUCUCUGGAACCUGAUAGGUAUGUCAUUCUGGGAGGUCAUCGUGACUCCUGGGUGUUUGGAGGGAUUGACCCUACCACGGGGACUGCUGUUUUGCAAGAGAUUGCCCAAAGUUUUGGAAAACUGAUGGAUCGAGGCUGGAGACCUAGGAGAACUAUCAUUUUUGCCAGCUGGGAUGCAGAAGAGUUCGGGCUGCUGGGUUCAACUGAAUGGGCUGAAGAGAACGCAAAGAUCUUACAGGAGAGAAGCAUUGCUUACAUCAACUCAGAUUCAUCUAUAGAAGGCAAUUACACCCUACGAGUUGACUGUACUCCUCUUCUUUACCAGUUGGUGUAUAAAGUGGCAAGAGAGAUCUCCAGCCCUGAUGAUGGUUUUGAAAGCAAAUCACUUUAUGAAAGCUGGCUGGAAAAAGACCCUUCACCUGAAAAUAAAGUUUUUCCUAGAAUCAAUAAGCUGGGAUCUGGAAGUGAUUUUGAAGUUUAUUUUCAGAGACUUGGAAUUGCUUCAGCCAGAGCUCGCUACACUAAGAACAGGAAAACAGAUAAAUACAGUAGCUAUCCUGUAUACCAUACCAUCUAUGAGACGUUUGAAUUAGUAGAGAAGUUUUAUGACCCCACAUUUAAAAAACAGCUUUCUGUGGCUCAGUUGCGAGGAGCAUUGGUAUAUGAGCUUGCAGACUCUGUAAUCAUUCCUUUCAACGUUCAAGACUAUGCAAAAGCCUUGAAAACCUAUGCAGCAAGUAUCUUCAAUUUAUCCAGGAAACAUGACCGUCAACUGAGAAAACAUGCAGUGUCAUUCGAUUCCUUAUUUUCUGCUGUGACAAACUUUUCAGAGGCUGCUUCAGACUUUCAUAGAAGACUCACAAAAGUUGAUCUUACUAAUCCUAUUGCAGUGAGAAUUGUGAAUGACCAACUGAUGCUUCUGGAAAGAGCAUUCAUAGAUCCUCUUGGUUUACCUGGGAGGCGGUUCUACAGGCACAUCAUCUUCGCACCAAGUAGCCACAACAAAUAUGCUGGAGAAUCAUUCCCUGGGAUUUAUGAUGCCAUGUUUGAUAUUGAAAAUAGAGCAGACCCUCACUUGGCCUGGGCAGAAGUGAAGAAACAUAUUUCUAUUGCAGCUUUCACAGUUCAAGCAGCAGCAGGGACCCUGACAGAUGUGUUAUGAAGUUUUCGUCAAGUAGCUUCAUCACUAGAAGUACUGCAGUGUUUGAGAGUCAAACCAUCAGAGUCUUGCUCAUAUGGACUUACUGGUAGAGGCUGCUGAGAGUCUGAAGACAAAAUGUCUUUUUCUCUGGUGAUUCAAGUAAAUGCCACUGAAGUUUCAUUCAGUAAGAAAAGAUGCAGACUUGGCUCAAUGGUAGGACUCUUGCCUCGUUUUUUCAAGAACCAAGUUUUUUCCCUCAGUACUACACACACAUGCAUGAAUAUGUACAAGUACAUAUACACUCACACAUUAAGUAAGCUUGAUUAUUUAACCACUUCGCCAAAUAAUUGAAAAUAAAACUUUAGAA